UGGGUCUGUUCUGUGUAAGGAAAAGUCAAAUUAGGGCAACUAGAGACCAAUAAUUGAGAUUCCAUAUGUGAAAUUUCCAUGAAAUAAUUGGAUUUGUAAUUAUUACAAGUCCAACAAUUUCAAAAUUACAGAUUCAUUGUUUACAAUUCCCACACAUAUCUAAUAUUGUUAAUAGUGAAUUCAACAUAUGGCUGAAGCUUUCAUUCAAGUUGUGCUAGACAAUCUCACUUCUUUCCUUAAAGGGGAACUUGUAUUGCUUUUCGGUUUUGAAAAUGAGUUCCAAAGGCUUUCAAGCAUCUUCUCUACAAUCCAAGCCGUCCUUGAAGAUGCUCAGGAGAAGCAACUCAAGGACAAGCCACUAGAAAAUUGGUUGCACAAACUCAAUGCUGCUACAUAUGAAGUCGAUGACAUCUUGGAUGAAUAUAAAACUAAGGCCACACGAUUCUUGCAGUCUGAAUAUGGUCGUUAUCAUCCGAAAGCUAUCCCGUUCCGUCAUAAGGUCGGGAAAAGGAUGGACCAAGUGAUGAAAAAACUAGAUGCAAUUGCUGAGGAAAGAAAGAAUUUUCAUUUGCAAGAAAAGAUUAUAGAGAGACAAGCUGCUAGACGAGAAACAGGUUCUAUAUUAACUGAACAACAAGUUUAUGGAAGGGACAAAGAAGAAGAUGAGGUAGUGAAAAUCCUGAUAAACAAUGUUAGUGAUACCCAAGAACUUUCCGUCCUCCCAAUACUUGGUAUGGGGGGACUAGGAAAGACAACACUUGCCCAAAUGGUCUUCAAUAAUCAGAGAGUGACAGAGCAUUUCAAGCUAAAGAUAUGGGUUUGUGUCUCAGAUGAUUUUGAUGAGAAGAGGUUGAUUAAGGCAAUUGUAGAAUCUAUUGAAGGAAAGCCCCUGGGUGACAUGAACUUGGCUCCACUUCAAAAGAAGCUUCAGGAGUUGUUGAACGGAAAAAGAUACUUGCUUGUCUUAGAUGAUGUUUGGAAUGAAGAUCAAGAGAAGUGGGCUAAUUUAAGAGCAGUAUUGAAGGUUGGAGCAAGUGGUGCUUCUGUUCUAACCACUACUCGUCUUGAAAAGGUUGGAUCAAUUAUGGGAACUUUGCAAUCAUAUGAAUUGUCAAAUCUGUCUCAAGAAGAUUGUUGGUUGUUGUUCAUGCAACGUGCAUUUGGGCACCAAGAAGAAAUAAAUCCUAACCUUAUGGCUAUAGGAAAGGAGAUUGUGAAAAAAUGUGGUGGUGUGCCUCUAGCAGCCAAGACUCUUGGAGGUAUUUUGAGCUUCAAGAGAGAAGAAAGAGAAUGGGAACAUGUGAGAGAUAGCGAGAUUUGGAAUUUACCUCAAAAUGAAAGUUCUAUUCUGCCUGCCCUGAGACUUAGUUAUCAUCAUCUUCCAAUUGAUUUGAGACAAUGCUUUGUGUAUUGUGCGGUGUUCCCAAAGGACACCGAAAUGAAAAAGGAAACUCUAAUCGGUUUCUGGAUGGCACACGGUUUUCUUUUAUCAAAAGGAAACAUGGAGCUAGAGGAUGUGGGUAAUGAAGUAUGGAAAGAAUUAUACUUGAGGUCUUUCUUCCAAGAGAUUGAAGUUAUAUCUGGUGAAACUUAUUUCAAAAUGCAUGAUCUCAUUCAUGAUUUGGCUACAUCUCUGUUUUCGGCAAACACAUCAAGCAGCAAUAUCCGUGAAAUAAGACCGAAAGAUUAUACACAUAUGAUGCCCAUUGGUUUUGCUAAAGUGGUGUCUUCUUACUCUCCUUCACUCUUGAAACAGUUUGUCUCGUUAAGGGUGCUUAAUCUAAGUUACUUAGAACUUGAACAGUUACCUUCUUCCAUUGGAGAUCUUAUACAUUUAAGAUACUUGAACCUGUCUGGCAAUAGGAUGCGUAGUCUUCCAAAGCAGUUAUGCAAGCUUCAAAAUCUGCAGACUCUUGAUCUACGUAAUUGCCAGUCACUUUCUUGUUUGCCAAAACAAACAAGUAAACUUGGUAGUCUCCGAAAUCUUUUAAUUGAUCAUUGUUAUAAAUUGAUUCCCCGGACCCCGCGCAUACCGAAAUAUUUUCUGCACCGUUAUUGUUAUAAAUUGACUUGUAUGCCACCAAGGAUUGGAUCCUUGACAUGCCUUAAGACUCUAGAUUGCUUUGUUGUGGGAAGGAGGAAAUGUUCUCAACUUGGUGAACUACGAAAUCUGAAUCUCUAUGGCUCAAUUUCAAUCGAACACCUUGAGAGAGUGAAGAAUGAUAUGGAUGCAAAAGAAGCCAAUUUAUCUGCCAAAGCAAAUCUGCACUCUUUAAGCUUGAGUUGGGAUAAAUAUGGACCACAUAGAUAUGAAUCAGAAGAAGUUAAAGUGCUUGAAGCCCUCAAACCACACCCCAAUAUUCUGAUUUUUUUAGAGAUCAGUGGCUUCAUAGGAUUCCGUCUCCCAGACUGGAUUAAUCACUCAGUUUUGGAAAAUGUCGUAUCUAUUACAAUUGAUGGUUGCAAAAACUGCUCGUGCUUACCAGCCUUUGGUGAGCUGCCUUGUCUAGAAAGUCUAAAUUUACACCAGGGGUCUAUGGAGGUGGAGUAUAUUGAAGAGGAUGAUGUUUAUUCUGGAAGAAUAAGGUUUCCAUCUCUGAGAAAACUUUCUAUAGCCGAUUUUUUUAAUCUGAAAGGAUUGGUGAAAAAGGAAGGAGAAGAGCAAUUCCCUGUGCUUGAAGAGAUGACGAUUGAUAACUGCCCUAUGUUUGUUUUUCCGACCCAUUCUUCUGUCAAGAAAUUGAAUGUUAGGGGGGAUGCAACAGGUUUGAGCUCCAUAUCUAAUCUUAGCACUCUUACUUUCCUCUGCAUUAGCAAUAACAAAGAAGCUACUUCACUCCCAGAAGAGAUGUUCAAAAGCCUUGCAAAUCUCGAAGACUUGGAAAUCUUUAACGUCAAGAAUCUCAAAGAGCUUCCUAACAGCCUGGCUAGUCUCAAUGCUUUGAAGCAUCUGGAAAUUCAACGGUGUGGUGCACUAGAGAGUCUCCCCGAGGAAGGGGUGAAAGGUUUAACUUCACUCACGACGUUGACUAUUUCUGACUGUGAGAUGCUAAAAUGUUUACCCGACGGAUUGCAGCACCUAACAGCCCUCACAAGUUUAAGAGUUAGUCGCAGUCCAACACUAGAAAAGCGGUGUGAGAAGGGAAUAGGAGAAGACUGGCACAAAAUUGCUCACAUUCCUAAUCUGUAUAUAAAGUGAGUUUCUCUGCUUGUGUCUCUCAUUGGAUGUAAUUUUCUCAUUUUCUUUUGGAAACAUCUCAACGAUUUCUAAGAUCCUUUUGUAUUAUAAGUACUUGUUAAUGCUGUAAUUAUUGGCUAACAGUUGUUGAUUACUACUUUCUGGAUCAUGGAAAAGACAUCAAAUAGAACUAUUCAUGUUGUUGUUUAUAUAUU